UCCUGGGGGGUCCUGGAAGCUGCACGUGCAGGGAGCCAGCCCCGAGCACCCGUGGGAGGUGAGCACAGAGCCAGCCCCGGCGCCCAUCCACCCCAGGGCUGCGGGACGGGUGCUGAACCGGGUGCUCAGGGCGUGCUCCUGCAUUGGGCUGCCCUCCCCAAAACCAUCCCGGGGUGCUCCCGGGGAGGGCGAGGCUGCAACGCCCUGCUGAGUGCAGGCAGCUGGCAUGUCCGGGCAGCUCUAGCCGCCUGCCUGCAGCCUGCACCGAUCCCCUGCCAUGGGGGUACACAGCCUGGCCACCCUCAGCGGGCAGAUGCCCACGGCUCUGUGUCACCAGGCAGCAUUUUUCCAUCUGAAGCCAUCAUGUAGGUGCACCUUCCUCUGGAAGCAUCACACGAGUGCAGGGCGGCUCCGAGUUGGGGCCGGUUGUUUUCCCAGCUUCACCCAGCCCCCCCACCAGCUCCUUGUCUCGCUUCCAAGAACAGUUUGAAAAAUGCGCUGCUAUCCCUGAGCUCUGACUGUGUGUGCUGUGUUUGCCCCUGUCCUGGGAGCUGGGCUGUGUGCAGGCAGCAGCCUCACUCGGUGACUUUGCUCUGCUCCGUCACCUCACCCUGUGCCAUUGGUUGGGCCGCUUUGUUUUAAGCACAGGAGCGUUUUGGGCUUUGGGACUGCGGGAUGCUUGGGUCUGACGGUGACAUGGGGCUGGUGGGUGUGCAAGGGACCUGUCCCCUUGGGAAGGCUUUGGGGAGGCUCUGCUCCCUGUCCUGCUGAGGGCAGGGGAUGGCCAAGGGUGUUCUGGCAGUGCACAGUGCUCCAGUUGUGCCACCACAGCAGUGCUUUUCCAUCCCUGCUGACCGAACUGUGGGUACAUCCACGCUGCCCGACCGGCACUGCCGGCUGAGCUCAGACCCGCACCAGGACGUCACCUGCCAUGGCCACGCAGCCACAAUUAAAGCGCAGCCUGGCGUGGAGGAAUGCCCUGUGCCUCUGCGCACACGCUGGCAAGGAGAGGUGUUUUCGAUCCCAUCUGAGUGCUGGGCUGCCUCGGAGGGCGUCUUCACCCAGCGGUGACUCAGACGGAGCCGCAAGCCGCCCUGCUCAGACCUGCUCCAGCACCCUGCAGCUGCUGCACUGCAGGGAGCAGGGGAGGCAGAGGGCACGGGGCCACCGGGACGCUCCGGGACGAGCACCGGGAGCAGCGACACAGCAGCUGUGCUGGGCCAGGGAGGCUCCUGCAGCACAGGGCAGAGCCUGCGGCGCGUGGCCCCGCUGCCGCCCGCACGAUGCCGGUCGAGACGCUGCACGCCGGCGAUGCCAUGAAGGGGGUGGCGGCGAUGACCCCCUUCACCUCGGCCAUGCCCAUCCGCAUCCUCAACAAGGGACCCGAGUAUUUCCGACGGCGAACUGAGCCGGCUGCACGGAAACCCAGCGCCGUGGAGAGGUUGGAGGCCGACAAGGCCAAGUACGUGAAGAGCCAGCAGGUCGCCAGCACCCGGCAGGAGCCGGUGAAGCCGCCGCUGCUCAAGCAGCCGCUCUUGGUGCCGAGCGCGCGCCGCGCCAUGCUCACCCCCAGCCGCAAGACGACGCCGGGACCGCGCUCAGCCGGCAGGGCCAAGACCUCGCUCAACCUGGAGAUCCUCAACCACCUCAUCAACGGCUGCGACAGCCCCAAAGCCGAGAGCCCGCGAGGCGGGGAGCGGCACGGCGCAGCGGAGGUGCUGAGCGCCGGGGGGGUCGGCAAAGCGCCGGGGAGCCCCGCUGCUCCCAAACCCCCCGGGAGCGUGGCGGUGCGCAGGGUGGACGUGCGGCCCUGCGGGGCUCUGCCUCCCGCUGUGCAGGGGAUACGGGUGCCGUCGUCGCCUUCCCCGUGCAGACCGCCCGCGGCGCCGGCUCUGAGCUCACCCAACCGCCCCGAGAGCGCCCGCCGGCAAACCCUGCUGCACCGCUCCAAGUCGGACCUGAGCGACCGCUUCUCGCGGGCCACCGCCGACCUGGAGCGCUUCUUCAACUACUGCGGCCUCGACCCCGAGGAGGUGCGGGACAUGGGGACCGAGCACUUUGCCCGCGCCAGCUCCGACAUCGUGUCCGUCAAGUUUCACAGCGUUAGCACGGCCAGCUCGGAGGGCGGGCGCUCCCCUCGCAGCGCGGCCACGCCGGAGGGCCGCCCGGCCGAGCGCAUGCCUUACGGCAUCUCGGUGGUGGAGCGCAACGCCCGCGUCAUCAAGUGGCUGUACGGGCUGCGCCAGGCCCAGCAGGUCUCCAACGUGUAGCCAGUCUGCUCGGCUGCGCGCAGUGCUGAUGCCGGCUGGGGAGGAAGCACUGUCCCAUGCCUCCCAGGAGGGCAGCGGGGCCACCCCGGACCCCUGAACUGAGCCCUCCGUGCCUCGCUCCCCAUCCCUCUGUGCUGCAGCUGCAGAGCGUGGAUGCCGUGCGUCCUCCUGGGGAGCGCUUGUCUUCCUGAUGGACUCAGCUCUGCAGGACCCCCACCAGCACCCUGGUACCUCUGAGCCCGUGGAGUGCGGGUGACGCAGUGGCGUGCUGCUGCCCAGGCUGCAGGUGCACGGUACCUUCCUUCAGGGUCCCAGCUCGGGGGUCUGCGUUGGCACUGGAGUCCCCUCUUAGUGGCCAGGGGGUGAGGUGCUUUGCCCCUGCAGUUUCAGCGGUGGGAACAGAAUCCUGGUGGUCCCCAUUGGAGCACUGAGUGUCCUGGAGGGUUUGGGUGCUCUGCGGUGAGGCCAAACCCAAGCUCCCCUUGGAGAAGCCUGAGUCUGUGUAUGUGUGUGUGCGUGUGUUUGUAUCUCUCUUUUUGUAUGCCAGUGAGAAAGCCCUGGGCACGAUGUGCCCUAUUAUUUAUGAAGAAGGUUCUAUCAGUAUCUUCCUAUUGUUUUUCCUGACGUGUCAUCUGUAAAAAAAAAAAAAAAAGUGACAGUAAUGCAGUCAGUUUUAUUAAAUUUCAGUGCUUUGGA